UUUGACACACAACAAUGAAAAAAUAUAUGUUGUGUUAAAAAAUUUUGUAAAUAAAAAAAAUGUGACCAUGUACAGAGGAAAACAAAAGCCAGCUUUUGAGAUUGCCGUGGUUGAUCAGACUGCUACCUUUGUUAUUGUGAAUUCUAAUAACGAAGAAAUACGUUGCAAUCACAUGAGCUUAAGUACUCAACCACCACAGCUGAAAAAUGACUAUCUUGAUGCAUCACUAAGCCCUGCUCUUUACCAAGUUGUAUUAACAUUUGCCGAUGGUUCACAUCACAUCAUGGCUGACCAUGAACAGCUAGGACGAUGGGUUUCAGAUAUUCAAAAGAUAUAUCUUUUACCCAUAGGCACUCUACCCCCUCAAGUUGAUCUAAAUAUUACCCAUAAAGGUUAAGUGAACAUACCUUCUAAAGUAAUCUAAAGAAGAUGAAUUCCUUCACCUCAAAGUCCAAGUACAAAUCUGUGAUAAUUUUUUGUGUUUAUUGGCAAAAUAUUAUUUAGUUGGUAGACUUUAUAAUGUAUAUCUUUUUCAAUUAAUCUUGAAAAUUAAAAUAAUAAACAUCAAUUAAUUAAGGCAGAUAUUUCCUAAAUCAUUAAUUUGAUUUAAAAGUAUUUUUUUGUUUUUAUUUUAUUUUUAAGCUUAAUAUUUUUAGUUUAAACAUUUUACAUUCUGGUUAAACAUCUAUGUAUAACAAUCUAUUUGUUGUACUUAAAAGAUUAUACAAGCCUUUCAAAAUAUAUUGCUUUUGAAUUUUAAAUGUUAAAUAUUUUAAAUUUAGAACAUUAGUUACUACUGAGAUAGAUGUUUUUUUUUUCCACUGAAACUCACUUUUAAGUGCAGCAUAGGUUGUUUAUAAGAUCUUUCUGUUUUUUAUGUCCUUCUAAUUUUUCCAUUUCUCUUCAAAUUAAUUAUAAUAAUUUUCAUGUCUUUUUCAAUUUUUCAAUUAUACAAGGGAUACAAAUCUUAAAAUAUUUAAUUACAAUGUAUGGCUACAUCCCUUGACCAAAUAUUUACUGUAACAUCUCAACUUAAUUUUUAAUCUAUUACAUUAUGAUCUGAAAUAUUAAUCCAUCUGUUUAACAUUUGUUCAAUUGUUGUAUUCCUAUUAGACAUUAGCAGCAGUGUUCAGAAAAGUGGUUGAAGGUGUGUUAGAAUGGUAGAACAUUCGGCUCAUGGCCCAAAUGUCUUGAGUUUGGAGCUUGGUACAGACUCACGACUGCAGGAUGUCCCUGAGUCCACCCAGCUCUGAUGGGUACCUGAACACAUUGGGGAAAGUAUAAAGGCAGCUGGGCAUAGUGCUGACGACACCAUCACUUCAAAUACCUAAGUCAAUAAACAUGAACUCUACUUCACCU